CUGACAGGAGCGCUCCCUCCUGUCAGCCUCUCCUCAGGCUGCGCCCGGGCGGUGCGGUCCGCCCUCAUGGACGCACCGCCCGGGCAAAGCUGCAGCCGUCUGAGGCUCUCUACAGAGCACUCGGGCGGCUGCAGCAUGGGGGGGGGGCGGCGGAGCUGGCCAUGGCACCCCCCACCCGGCUGGCACCCGGGGCGGACCGCCCCCCUGCCCCCCCCUUAGUACGCCACUGUGUUGGAAUACCCAUCCACGACCCAUUUUCAUUGCCUUCACUGAGGGAAGGAGGUUCUCACCAAGAUUUAACAGUAUGUGGCCCUGUCCAUUGUCCCUUUGAUGCGGUGCAGUUGUCCUGUCCACUUAGCAGAAAAACACCCCCAAAGCAUAAUGUUUCAACCUCCAUGUUUGACGGUGGGGAUGGUGUUUAUGGGGUCAUAGGCAGCAUUCCUCCUUCACCAAACACGGCGAGUUGAGCUGAUGGCAAAGAGCUGGAUUUUGGUCUCAUCUGACCACAACACUUUCACCCAGUUCUCAUUCAGAUAUUAAUUGGCAAACUUCAGACGGGCCUGUACAUGUGCUUUCUUGAGCAGGGGGACCUUGUGGGCACUGCAGGAUUUCAGUCCUUCAUGGCAUAGUGUGUUAUCAAUUGUUUUCUUCGUGACUAUGGUCCCAGCUGCCUUGAGAUUAACAAGAUCCUCCCGUGUAGUUCUGGGCUGAUUCCUCACCGUUCUCAUGAUCAUUGAAACUCAACGAGGUGAGAUCUUGCAUGGAGCACCAGACCGAGGGAGACUGACUGUUAUUUUGUGUUUCUUCCAUUUGCGAAUAAUUGCACCAACUGUUGUCACCUUCUCACCAAGAUGCUUGGCGAUGGUCUUGUAGCCCAUUCCAGCCUUGUGUAGGUCUACAAUCUUGACCCUGACAUCCUUGGACAGCUCUUUGGUCUUGGCCAUGGUGGAGAGUUUGGAAUCUGAUUGAUUGCUUCUGUGGAUUGGUGUCUUUUAUACAGGUAACGAGCAGAGAUUAGGAGCACUCCCUUUAAGAGUGCUCCUAAUCUCAUCUCGUUACCUGUAUAAAAGACCCCUGGCAGCCAGAAAUCUUGCUGAUUGAUAGGGGAUCAAAUACUUAUUUCACUCAUUGACAUGCAAAUCAAUGUAUUACUCUUUCUGACAUGCGUUUUUCUGUUUUUUGGUUUUUUUUUCUUUUUUUGUUAUUCUGUCUCUCGCUAUUAAAAUACACCUACCAUUAAAAUUUAUAGACUGAUCAUUUCUUUGUCAUUGGUCAAACGUUCAAAAUCAGCAGGGGACCAAAUAUAGUGAGGAAAAAAAAAAUUAUUAUUGGUAGUUGAAUUAGUGCUUUGGGUGAUGGUUACAACUUUAUAUUUUCUUUCACACAUUGUUAUAUUGGCAUUAAUGUCACCUUUUCUCUAACGUUUCAGAACUGGUAAAAUCUAGGAUUAGAGUUUAUUUGAGAAACAGACAUGGCUCUCAUCUACAAUUACUGGUUUUCAGUCUCCUGAUCCCAUCCAUAAAAUCGCUUAAUUCUCCAAUAACUACUGACAAUUAGAUAUGGUAAAAAGCUCCAUUUUCAUUUCUGUCUGAUAUACGCUACAUUUUGUGUAUUUAAAAAUAAAUAAAUCUAUAUCGUUUCAAAAAAAUCUAAACUAUCGACGUGUGAGGGGCUGACCAGGAAGACUGUGGGAUGGACGCCAUGAUAGGAGUUCAGUUGGGUGAUUGAAGACCAAAUUGUUGCUAAUUUCACCUUAAUUAGUCAUUCUUUGUCUCAAUGGCUCUGCCAUCCCUGGUUACAUGCGAUAUAUUCACUCCUAUUUAAAUCUUUUUCUGCCCACUGUUUGUUCCGCUUGUUUCAGAUGCAUGUUACGUUUCACGAUGUGUCCGUCCAGUUCUCGGAAGAGGAAUGGAGCGCGCUGCGCAUCUCUCAGAAAACGCUGUUUAUCGGAAUCAUGAAGGAGAACUAUGAAAAUCUUCUCUCCCUGGGUAAGACGCAUGUGGUGCUGCCACACUAACGCAGGGCUGCAUUGUCUGCCAGGCUAUCCCGAUAAACAAAUGGACACCUGUGGGGAAAAAAAAAAUUAAACAAUUAUUUAAAUUGUAUUUUGUGUAUUAUUAUUAUUAUUAUUAUUAUUAUUAUUAUUAUUAUUACUGGCAUUUAUAAAGCGCCAACAAAUUUAUAAUUUAUUUUGAAUACACACCUCUAUGGUAAGAAUCCGCAAGCCGCCAUUGUGGCUGACAUUUCCUUUUUCAGGAAAGGCGGAGUGGACACAGGGACACAUUUUCUCCAGUUAAUGCAUUGUAGUUUAACAUUUGCAAUUCCCCCUAAAAUCCCAGCUUUUCUUCCGUCUGUAUAAUGUAGCACUGAUUUAAUGACUUUAUAUACGGCACGUAUAAAUAAAAGUCUCCUAUUCUGUAUAUUUGUAAUCAGCCUGGCUAGUGCAAACACAUUAUAAAGUGUAUUAUCGUUAUGUGAAUAUUUCCUUAUCUCUGCGUUAUGAAUGGGGUUGAUGAAUACAUUGUGUUCUAAUUGAUUGACAGGGGGUUUAGGAAUUAACCCAUUACUUGCUCUCUGCCCUCAGGAGCUCCGAUUGCAGUACCAGAACUGUUCCAGCAGGUUGGUCAAUGGGAGAAGGCAUGCAUGCUGUCCGGUGAGUAACUGGCCGCAUUGGGAGAAAUCAAUACAAAGCCAAAAUAAAAUAUUUAUGGUUUUUAGUCUGUUCCAAGUCAUCCUGCAUUUAACCAGAUAUUUCUUUUGUAUCAGAAACUCAGAUCCCAAACUCUGUCUCCCAGAACAUUGAGCAGAUCGAGGAUCCGUGUGCUACUGAUCUACCUGUCGGUAAGUGAUUGUUCACUCCUAUCAGGGCUGCAGAAAUGGGGUUACAGCGCAGUAAGUGAUGGGAUAUGUAGAAAUACUCACAGCAGUGAAGGUUCGGCCUUUAGCUGUUCAGCUUGCACAGUGAGCUCUCAUUAAUCCAGAAUGUGAUCCAGACAAUCCUGCUCACAUACCUUUCUGCAGUCCUGCGGAGCGUAUCCCAUAAGCAGGGCUGUCUGUUCAAUUGUCUGCUUUCUGUAGUAAAACGCUAACAGCUAAACAUCGCACGUUACUGAGCUUUAUUGCUGUGGAGCUCUGUUAUACACAUCGCACAUUACUGUGAGUUGUAUUGCUGUGGAGCUCUGUGAUACACAUUGCACGUUACUGAGCUUUAUUGCUGUGGAGCUCUGUGAUACACAUUGCACGUUACUGAGCUUUAUUGCUGUGGAGCUCUGUUAUACACAUCGCACAUUACUGAGCUUUAUUACUGUGGAGCUCUGUUAUACACAUCGCACAUUACUGUGAGUUGUAUUGCUGUGGAGCUCUGUGAUACACAUCGCACAUUACUGUGAGUUGUAUUGCUGUGAAGCUCUGUGAUACACCUCACACGUUACUGAGCUUUAUUGCUAUGGAGCUCUGUGAUACACAUCGCACAUUAGUGUGAGUUUUAUUGCUGUGAAGCUUGUAGCCAUCAUGUUAAAUGUAAGGCACACAAACUAAAAGUUUCUCGUUUGAUUCCAAUUAUUGUUUCAUGUAUUCUAGAUAAUUUAGAUACCAGUGAAAAUGAAGGAAAACCUGAGCCGGUCACUGUGUACGAUGCAUCCACCAGCCAAAGUCUUGGUCUGAAGGAGCAGGUGAUGAAUAAUGAAUCUGUCCAGCAUCCUUGCUUGAAAUGCAAGCAGCUUCUCUGUCAAUGUGUAAGCCAAUCCUGGAGUAAGAAGAAGCCUUACAGCUGUAUUGAUUGUGGAAAACGGUACUCCAGAGAGUUAUUUGCCGUGGCUCACCAAAAGACUCACUUUCGCAGAGGGAUCUACAACUGCCCAUCUUGUGAAAAGAGCUUCCAAAAACCCUACCACCUCCAAAUACACCUGAAAACCCACGAGGAGCAGAGGAUCAUCAAGUGCCCCGUGUGUGAGGAGACCUUCGUUACCAAAGGUGCAUGUGCUCGGCACAGAAGACUGGAACACCGGAGGUUCUACAAAAAAGGAGGUCAAUGUAAUAAAUGUGGAGAGAUAUUUAAAACACAAUUACAACUUAAACUACACUAUAGAGUGCACAGAAAGGCCUAUCACUGCAAUAGGUGUGAAAUGCUGUUUAGCAAUAAAUCAGACUACCAAACCCACCAGCGAAGACAUGCUAGAGAAGAGGUGUAUGCAUGUGGAAAAUGUAAAAAGGUUUACUCAAGACUAUCCAGUUAUAUGAAACACAACAAAUCUGGUCUGUGUCGAAUGGCUUCAAGCAAAUCUUAUGAAAACGAGGAAAAAAUCAAGUCAACAUCUAAAUCUUUACUUAUUGGUUUGAAAAAAACAGAUCUCCUAAGUGACAAUAUUCUAGAAUCCUCUUCUGACAAUCUACACCUACAGAAACCAUGCAAAAUAGACUCUCGGCCGAAUGAUCCACACCGGGAAAAAGAAUGGAAGAUUAGCAGCAAGGACAGGCUGCUUGAGCAACCAGGACCUCAUUCGGCCACCGAAACCAACAAGAUUUUUAGGUGUAAAACGUGCAAUAAGGUUUACAGACAUGAAUCCUCUAUGAUUCGGCAUCGGCUUAGUCACACCACGAUUUAUGUCUGCCAGGAGUGUGGAAAGACCUUUACGAAAUUAUUGCAUAUUUACAUUCAUAGAAUUGAACACAAAAACAAAAAAUCAUUCAGCUGCAGUAUCUGCAGAAAGGGCUUUAGCUUUAGAUCUCUGCUGCGUCUCCAUCAGAAUACCCAUACUUCCCAAACAUCCAGCCAGGGUAGUGCCUAUAACGCCAAACUUGUUGUCCCCUCAAAUGUUUCAUGGCUAGGGAAUUAUUACAGAUGUUCAUACUGUGUGCUGGGUUUCAAUGUGGCGCAUAGUCUCCUCUUACACCAGAAACUCCACAACGAUCGUCCAUCUAACAAACGCCCGAACCGAUUUCGUUUGGACUCCAGAAACUCCUCUGAUAAAACGUCCCCAGUCUCAAAGUGCAGCAGAAAUGAUGGGAUGAUACCACUUCGAGAGAGGAUACAAAGCACAGACUACAAGAAGAUUCAAUGCAAAGCCUUAGAGUCAAGAGACCUCUUUCAGCAAUGCCACAGGUCCACCGAAUGAACCAGGAAGCAAUCUGACUUGUACCGAACCUUUGUUAAUAAAAGGUCUGAUAUUCAGCUGACCGAUUUUAUCAUUUGCCUCUGUCCAGUUUCAGGAUUUGAUUUCUACAUGUUUAAUGUGUUACACCAUGGUAUCUCUGGGGUCAUCAUAGGGAUUCCUAUCAUUUUACUUAACUGAGUAUCCCAGAUCUUCAACCUCAGAUACAAGUAAAGGAUGUUUAGUAAAAUGAAAACAAACUCCAUAAUAACAAAUCCAUCACUAACACAAUCUAUUGCUGAAACAAUCAAUAUAUACUUAAUAUUUAUUAAUAACUGGGUAUAAAAGUUACAUUCUGGUUAAGCCGCUACCUUACUGGAUAGAAGCAGCCAUUGGGGGUUAGUGGUCUCUUACAGACACACUUUAUUUAUUGUGUUAUGGAGGCACAAAUUCUGGCUUUUUUUAUCCCAGAAUGAUCCGUGUUACUGGUCUCUUGGAAGCCUGCUACUCGUUGGUUAUCUGCAAUGAUGGCAGAGAUUGUCCCUUCAUUCCGGUUAGAACAUCCAAUAUUACAUUCCCACGAGCUGUUAAUUAUAUUUUAUUUCAUUCACAGGUGGACAUUGUAUCAAUGCACAUUACCAAUCCACAAUAUUAAACUGUUCAAUGCUCCCCAUGGAUGACUUGUUCCUCGCACAUUGUGCGAUCAGACUAAUUGAGCAAAUUUAAGGACUGGACCACAGUUUGGAACUCCUGAAACCAUUUCAGUGCUCUGCAAGUGUCCAAGUCUUCAUUUUUGUGCAAAUAUCGGUUUUACCUAUUUUUGUAACUUGUUCUAAUAUGCCAGUAUGGGCCAGGAGACCGUCUUCCCAGCCAUCAGGGAGGCAUGUCCUCCUCUAGCACUCUACCUGCUCAGGAAAGACUUGAAGUUUUCCUUUAAAUUAAUAUAAGAAACAGUCAUUGAUUUUCAUAAAUUGUAAUUCAUUACAAUCCUAAAUACAUUUCACAAAGUUCUGCACGUGUUUUGUAUUCACUGUAUGUGAAUAUUGUCACUCCUGAGCUUUGUGUCUGAUCAUAAUGUGACUUAUUACUCUGCAUUCAUUAAAAUAAAGUAUAAAUUCACAUC